AUGGCGGCGACGGUGCCGCCAGCAAAUGAUGAACCGGGCAAACUCGACCCGCCUGUGGACCCGACCGACAGCGACUUAGAUGCCGAGGGCGAAGAAGAAACCGACUUGUAUGAAAUGGAUCAACGACUUCAGGAUGCCGUUCACAGAGCAUACACUGGAGAAGUCGAUGAGGAUGGCCCGGAGGAAGCUGCAGAUGGAAACAACUCAAGUAUCAAUAGGUCGAACGGCGAAGACGAAGACGAUAAUGAUGAGGCCGAGCCUGUUGGAGCUGUUAAGCUACGCGACGACGACGCGGGCUCCGAAGAAGACUAUGCGGAGUCUGAGACAGCGGAUGCGGAUGCCGAUCCCGGGUUUGAAGCAAAUGACCGUGACGCCUCGGAACCCGAAUCAAGUGAUCACGAGUCAGAAGCUGAAGACUGGGAGGCUGAGAGCAAUGGCCGUGAGGAUAUCGAAACUGAUAUCCGUAGUGGCGCAAACUGCGUGUUUUGCAGUCAAGACGAGGAACACGAUCCAAGUGAGGAUUUUGAGGAAUGGCUCACUUGUAUUGUUUGUGGUGAUCACUCUCAUUGCCAGUGCGCUCGCGAACAAGGAGCAUAUGACGAUACGGAAGACCACCCAUGGAGAUGCCCCGGCUGUGUUCAAAACAAUCUAGAGCCCGACCCAAUACCAGAUUUAGCGACGGAAGCAGGACUCGGAGCCUCAGCCCUCCCCAAAGAGCUUCUACCUGCGCACGCCGGAACACACGACGAGGGAUUUCAUUCUAUCUUUGACACCGGCGUCAACAACGAGAUGCUCAACAGUUCGCGAUCGCUACGCAAGCGAAAGGCCUCGUCAACCGAAGCCGAAGAACACACACCUGUGCUUCGCAAAAGACUCCGACAAACAUCUUUCCGCUCUGAUCUCCCAAGUUUGAAUGACACGGCCUUGGAUAGUGUGGAUGGCAUCGCUGAUGGUGAUGUCCACUCUCCUGCUCGAACACGUUCUGUACGCGUGCGGCGCACACGUGCAGUGGACCGAGAGCUCUGCCGCGUGGUUACUAGGCAGUUUGGGAAAUUGAUUCUUGGGUUCCGGCUGGACGAGGCAAAAAUGGCUAAAAUAACAGGCUCUCAAAUCCGACCGCAACGCAAGAAGAAGAAAGCACCCAAGCCGCCACCUGUGGCCCAAGAACCACAGGCACAUUUCGUUCCUCUACCUCCCAUAUCCUACAACUCCAUGACUCUGUUCGACCGUGAGACAGAUGACGCCAAAUCAAAACCGUAUGGAGGCAUUCUGUCCGAAAUCGAGCAAGAUACAUCCAGGACACUCCCCACACAAUUCGACCGUGACCGAUUCGAACAGGCACGUCUGAAAGCUGAGGACGAAUGGCAACAGAAAGUGAAGGAGGCAGAACUUAAUGGUGAAGCCACUUCACAUGCAUCACAAAAGGUUUCUGGUCCUCCCUCGAAGAUCAAAUCCAUCAACUUCGGAGGCUACGAGAUCGAAACAUGGUAUGCAGCGCCUUACCCGGAGGAAUACAGCCGCAACCGUGUUCUGUACAUUUGCGAGUUCUGUCUUAAGUACAUGAACUCGGACUUCGUCGCCUGGCGCCAUAAGCUUAAGUGCCCUGCGAAACAUCCGCCAGGUGACGAGAUCUAUCGAGAUCGGUCGAUCUCAAUCUUCGAAGUUGAUGGGCGCAAGAAUCCAGUGUACUGUCAAAAUCUUUGCCUUCUCGCAAAACUUUUCCUAGGCUCCAAGACUCUUUACUACGACGUUGAGCCAUUCUUAUUCUAUGUCAUGACUGAGUGUGACGACCUGGGCUGCCAUUUUGUUGGCUACUUCAGUAAAGAAAAACGUCCAAGCUCAGCGAACAACGUUUCCUGCAUUCUCACUCUACCUAUCCAUCAACGCAAAGGCUAUGGAAACCUCCUCAUCGACUUCUCAUACCUCCUUACCCGUAUUGAAGGCAAAAACGGAUCGCCCGAGAAGCCACUCUCCGACAUGGGUCUGGUGUCGUACCGGAACUACUGGCGAUUGAUUUUGUCAUACCAACUUCGUGAUUUGAAAACGCCUGUCAGCAUUGCAGAUCUGUCUGAUCGUACCGGAAUGACGGCGGAUGACAUUGUAUCUGCCCUCGAAGGGCUACGAGCUCUCGUGCGGGAUCCCAUCACUAAGACGUAUGCGAUCCGUCUCGAUCGUAAAUAUUACGACGAAGUUAUUAGUGGCUGGGAAAGCAAGGGCUACGUUCAACUCAAUCCAGAUGCGCUGCUCUGGACACCUUACAUUAUGGGUCGUAGCAACCAGUCUCAUUUCGAUCGUGCUCCCAUGCAUGCUGUCGCCCAGCGAGAGGAUCAGGAUGAAGACGAAGAUGAGACCGAGGCAAGAGCGAUCAAUUAUGAGGGCAAUGUUCGAAUGGUGAAUGGGUCGAAUGGAAACGCCCUCGCAGAUUCAGCUGGACCGCCUUCCACAUUGUCUCUGCGGUCUCGUGGCUCCCACCAUCCUACAGCGGAAACUUCUGAACCAACUGCAAUCCCCAACCCUGCCGCUGGAAUCCCACCUUCCCGGUUCGAACUUUGGCCUCCUGUACCUCCCACAGGACCCCCCAAACGCAGACCUGGUCGCCCAUCUGGUAGCACCAAACUCAAUAGCAUGUCAUCGACACCAAUUGCCCCCCGCAAUAACAGUCGUAACACACCUCGACGACCCUCCGGGCUGGCAAUGGUCACCCCUGGAGGCAGCUUUCGUCGAGGGAGAAGCUCUAUUCUCACGGACUCGCCUGCAGCCGAAGCACCACCUAGCCAGCCCAACGGUGAACUGGAGAAAAGCGAAGUUGCCGAGGAACAAGCUGUUGUUGAGCAUGCCGAAAAUGUGGCUCAUGUUCCCAAGGAAGCGGCAGACGGGAGCGAAAAGGAACCGGGCCAUGUGAACGGAGAUGUCGCUACCAAGGAACCUGCCAAGGCUAAUGGGAUUGAUGCUGCUGAGCCUGGGCUUGUGCCCGAGUUGUCCGAGGACAAGGACACGGAAAGACCCAUGACCCCGGAGAAAAAGACCAACUCCAUCUCGCGGUCACCUGGAACAGCGGGCUCCCGUCGGUCCAGCGAUAACCCCAAGACACCGCGAUCGGUCAACCGAAAGGCUUUAGUUGAGAAAGUUCAUGUUGUGAUCAAGUCACCAAACAAAGCCGAGGACCAAAGAGCCGUGACCAAUACCAAUGGCACCGACGAAGAUGCCGAUGUAGACGCAGAUGGGGAGGUAGAGCUUGAUGCUGAGUACGAAGUGGAUGGGGAUGUCGUGAUGCAGAAAUGA